AGCUAUUUAUCUGAAAUUUCCCUAGUGACUUACCACCCCCCCCGCUCCACCAACGAUCUUGGCCAGGAAUGAAGUGGGCCAGCUAGCUGAUAGUGCUCCGCCCAUUUGCCCACUGCCCACUGCCCCCAUCCUUGCCCUUGCCCCUCAUCCACUGGGGUCACAUAAUCUCGCGCCGAUAAGCGGAACGGAACGGAACAACAAACCCAAAUCAAACCAAAUCCAUAGUGCAUUUGCAGCGAUAACGGACACUGGAGGCGACAUGGCUCAAACCACCGAAGUGCUGGUCUUUGGCUCGGCCAUCAUAGAUUUUAUAUGCUACACCCCCCGUCUGCCGAAACCCGGAGAGACACUUCACGGACACCGAUUCCAGACGGGCUACGGCGGAAAGGGUGCCAAUCAGUGUGUGGCCGCCGCCCGACUGGGCUCACGGACAGCUCUGGUGGCCAAACUGGGGGCAGACACCUUCGGCGGUGACUAUCUGCGUCAGCUGCGCGACGUGGAGGGGAUCAAUGUGGAGCACGUGCAGCAGCUGGAGGGCCAGACGACGGGCGUGGCCCAAAUAGCCGUAUCCGAGGGGGGCGAGAACAACAUCAUCAUUGUGGUGGGCGCCAACAGUAUGUUGAGCUCCUGCGAUGUGGCCCAUGCCGAUGCACUGUUCCAGGAGGCCAAGGUUUUGGUCUGCCAGCUGGAGACACCCAUCGAGGCCACGCUGACGGCACUGAAAUCCUUCCGGGGCGUGUCCAUUGUGAAUGCCGCUCCGGCAAUGGAGAAUACACCACGGGAACUGCUCCAGCUGGCCGGUAUCUUUUGUGUGAACGAAAGCGAGGCCGCUUUGAUGACCCAAAUGGCCAGCAUUGAGACCGUCGAACAAGCUCAAACUGCCACUGCGAAGCUGAUUGAGAUGGGUGCCAAUACGGUGGUCAUAACACUGGGCAAACUGGGAGCUGUCUUCGGAUCCGCCGACUCCAAGGGCGGCGAGUACCGGCAUGUGCCGGCACCACAUGUGCCCGCCGAGAAAGUGGUGGACACGACGGGUGCCGGCGACGCCUUCAUCGGGGCAUUGGCCCACAACAUUGCCCGCCAUGCGAAGGGCAAACUGGAGGAUCACAUAGCCGCCGCCUGUGCCGUGGCCUCGCAAUCCGUCCAGUUGCCCGGCACGCAGGCCAGCUUUCCGCGUACUUAGUGCCGACAGAUUCAGUUCGUACAAUAAAUCUCUUUCCUGA